AUGGGCGCCGGGAUGUGCACCGCGGAGGACGCGGCGCCGGCCCACCGCGGCCGGGCUGACCUGGCCGCCGCCUGCCCGCGCCCCGCCGGAUGGCCCCGGCCAGACCCCAUGGGCCACCCCCGCCGCCCCCGGGACCCGCCGGAGCGCCGGGACGCGGCGGCACCCGGGCCACCCAGGGGCAGGGCCGGGGAGGGGCCCCUGGCGGGGAUGGAUUGGCCGUCGCUGCUGCCGGAUCCGCUCAGCACGGCCACCUCCCCCGGGGCCCUCGGCCGCGCCCGCCCCGGCGAGGCCGACACAAAGGGGCCGCGCGUCACCCACCUGGUCCCGCGCGUCCGGGGCCCCGGAGGUGGGGGCCGCCGCUCCUGCUCGGCUGCGAGCGAGGCUCCGAGCGCCGAGGUCCGCGGCCGCCAGGAGGAACGCAGCGGCCUCGGUUCGGUGGCGGCCAGAAGACGGGGACCCCGAUGCCGACAUUCCGGGGGCACAAAGAUCCGCAAGCUGGGAGAGGAAUGGGGGAGCCAAAACACUCUUAGCGCGGCGAUAGAAACAGAACCGGGCCGGGCCGCCUCGGACCAGAUCCGGGCUCCCGGAAUCUGGGCUCCAUGCCCCGGAGCGUGGGGACCGUGCGUAAAGGCGGAGGGCCUUUCUAAGCCAGCAUCUCAUCGCGCCAAAGGUCUUUGCCUCCGCGUACCUGACCUGCUGGACUGA